UUGGUCCGCCGUGGUGGGUGUUUCCGCAUUCCGCGCGGAGCUGUCAGCAAGAAGCGCGAGUUGGAAGAGGGGAGCUGUCGCGUCUGAGAGGAAACCUCCUCGGUCAUUCCCAGAGGAAUAGCGGGGCUGUCGCCAGGGGAGCAGGGAUGCCUUACAUGUUCAUCAGUACGCAGAUCCGGCUGAACGGUCCAACUAAUGUGGGAGAUGAAUACUCUGAUCCAGCUGUCAUGAAUUACCUGGGAGCGAGGAAAACAACCAUGCUGGGGAACAACUUUUCUGAGUACCAUGUGGACGACCCUCCACGCAUGGUGUUGGACAAGCUGGAGAAGAUCGGCUUCCGCAUGCUGGCGAUGACGGGGGUGGGACAGACACUGGUGUGGUGCCUCCACAAAGAGGUCGAGUGAUGGGUCCUGAGGUGAAUGUCGACUGCAUUAAAAUACCUCCAGAGGCCAUGAAGAAGAUAAAUAAAUUGUGAUUAUAAACUUAGUUUAAUCUUUGGUUUUCUGAUCUUUCCUUGAUGACAAAAAUCAGCAUGUCAUCAACAGCAAGUUAAGUUCUAUGGUUGAGAUUAUCCCAUAUUUGAGGUUUCAGAUUACUCUGAGCAGCUUCAGGGAAUACCAGACUUCAUUCCGGAGAUUUUCCUGACACUUUGCAGAUAUUGCUUGCUGUUUACUUUCAGGACAAUUGUGGGGAAUUAGGGCCAGUUUUUCUAAUAAUCAAUCAGUGGUAGAAUUUAAUGAAAAGCAUGAAUGUAUAUAAAGCCUCACCCAGUUCCCCCUGUUUUCUGUCUGAGUAAAUAAACCACUAUGUUUGGUAAGUUUGUACUUACAGCUCCGAAGAUGUUUUUUUAAGUGUAUCAUAUGCUUAUGAUUAAAUGAUGUAAUGAUGA